GUCCGUGGCUGCAUAUCAACAAACCAAAUUUUGUCUUCUCUGUAGGCGGUUUUUGCUGCUUAAACUGCGAUCUAAGAGCGCACGACAUUUUAAAAUAUGCACUACAAAGAUCAAUCAACCUAGAUCAUAUUAGAAUCAUUGUCAUAACAACAUUAUCCUGUAGAAACCAUUGUAAAGACUGAAAUAUAAGUGAAAAUUUUACAGCCACUGUAGUCAGGGUGUCCCAAAAAUAAUUACCUACAGAUGUAGUUGAUAACCGUCCUUAGCUUGCGCUAAAGAAUGUAAUGUGUCAAUCACACCUGUCUCUUUUGUUGGUGAACAAAUGAUCAGCAUCGAUUAUGCUCAAGAUUUUUUCCACUAUCCCACGGUAUAAAAUUGUUUUGUCGCUAUAGCCAGCCCGGCCGAGUACACAAUGAGCCAUAUCACUGACUUGAAGUCUAGUUUCGUUGCUGAAGGAUUCUCCAGUACCUCAUUAAGAUGAAAAAAUGCAUUAGUCAACAUCUGUAGUACUUGCCAAAAUGUCAACUUCUCAAAAAUCCAGAGGAAGGAAAAGGCAAGCUGCGGCUGUACACUCCAAGAAAACUGCCAAGCAGCCAAAAUUAGAAGCUGAAAAUGACAUUGAAACUGAAAGCAAAUACUUCGUAAAGUCACUUCCAAAACCAGAGGACAAUUGCACAACCAGGGGACACAAAACAAAAGAUGAUGUAAACCCAUCAUUUCCAUCACCCCUCAAAACUGAACGAAUCAAUGAACAAGCCUUUUAUGAUAAACCUUGUUUAGAUCUGGCAAAAGAUAUCAUUGGUAAACUUUUGGUUCGGAGACUUGAUAGCGGUGAGAGAGUCAGUGGACUGAUAGUGGAGACUGAAGCCUACACAGGAUCUGACGAUAUUGCAUCCCAUUCUUACAAAGGAAAGACAGAAAGGAAUACUGCUAUGUUUAUGGACCCAGGGACAGCUUAUGUAUACUUUAUCUAUGGGAGUUACUCUUGCAUGAAUAUUUCCAGUAGAGGUGAUGGUGCAGCAGUCCUACUCCGGGCAUUGGCACCUGUCGAAGGGGUUGCCACAAUGAGAAUGCUCAGAAACAAGAAAGGAAAAGCACAAGCCAAACCAACCCCAGUAAAAGAUCUCUGCAAUGGACCAUCAAAAUUCUGCAUGGCAUUGGACAUCACCAAGGCAGCAAUAAAUAAAUUAGACAUGAUGACCUCAAAUGACAUUUGGUUGGAGGAAGGGGUUGAGGUCAAGGAUUCUGAUAUUGUAACUAGCACAAGGAUUGGUAUUGACGGUGCUGGCAAGGAAGCCGCAGCUAAACCUUGGAGGUUUUACCUACAGGGCAAUGAUUCUGUUAGCAAAAGAGACAAAAAAGCUGAAGAAUCCACCAGUAAAAAAAAAUUGAAGUGAAAUAUCUGAUGCACAUGAUGUCAUUGAUGACUCUGAUUGGGGGUCUCGGGGGCUUUCCACAAAAUAUGUACAUAUCUGAAGUGGGAGGGCCCUAAAAUGUUUGGCAAAGAUAUGUAUCUGCACCAGUACAUUAGGUCUGUGAUUGGGUGACAAAAUGUUGUAAUGUUCAGAUAUUGACAAGAUUUAGUUUUUAGAUUUUUUUGUGAAGUACAUUGGUCAUGUACAUGUACACGAGUUUGCAAUAUUUUAAAAAUGUUUUCUUGUGCCAUAUCAUUUAACAGAUGUAAGAAUGUG